AUGGAUCUUGUGUGCGGCCAAACUCUCGAAGUUGCGGCCGACGCCGGAGAUGCUGUCGUUCUGAGAUCAGCGCCACCCGGUCUCUUAAGCUUACCCCCAGAACUCCUCGCUCGGAUAGAGGCUCCCUUGGACAAGGAAUCCAUCGUCUCGUACAUCAGCACUUGCAGACGUCUGCGUGGGGCAGGCACUCGGACUCUACUAUGGCAGCAUCCAGUGAUCCUGACCACAGCCGCAGGCCUGCGGUCGUUCUGCCGCUUCAUGCAUGCCGACCUAUUGGAUCGGAAACGGUUCCUUCGCUCUUUCACAUUGGACACGCCCUUCCCUUCGCCAGAGCAAGUCAUUGCCUUACGCCGAAGACUUGCCGAGAUCCUAGUAAACGCGCCCGGCCUGGCUUACCUCGAAUUUGGGAGGUGUCUAGCUGACAUCCUCGAGCACUCUCCCGCGCUGUUCAGUGCCAUUCAUUCCCUCCGCUCCCUUACCUCAUUGAAGAUAGGAGCAGAAACAGGGACAUGGUCUUAUACCAUACUUCGCGUUUACAACGCACCUUUGACAGCCCUCGACGUGAUGGGCGAUUCUGUCAUAGAUGCCCCCAACGUAUUCGCUCGCUAUGCUUCCACGUUGCAGUCUCUUACCCUAGGCGGUCCCUCUCUUAGAGAAAUGUUAGGUCCGACCACGUAUAUGAAUGUCACGUCCUUCACUUGGUACGGGCGACCGCUUGAGCAAGCGUGGGGCAUAUCGACCAUGAUCAGUUCAUUUCCGAACCUGGAAAAACUAUCGGCAUGGAUGGGACCGGCCUCUACCCCGUCUCCCCCGUUUAUUCUUCCAAUGUACGAGAUAGUACGCUCUCGUAAUGCGACGGCGCAAUCUCAACGCCGAUGGCCACGCCUUCGCUCCCUCAGUGGUGACUCUAAGGCGCUAUUCACAUUAAUAGCCGCGGACUGUGAGGUGGACACAAUGUCAAUCUUCGCCAAUCUGGAGCCAUGGGACUCUACCAUGCUAGUGUGCAAAAUCGUUCGGGAUCUUCGUCAUCCAUUGCACACCCUUCACCUUCAGUUCUGCUCUGCCUGGCCUCAUGGUUCUGCGGAGCGCCUCAGUGCCUCCCUCUUGGGCGAAUUGGUGCGAAGAGACGUGCCUCUCGAGGUUGAUACCCUGGUUGUUGAGUUGAUCGUACCGAGUGGAGCGUCUUGGAGGAAGAUCAUGAACAUACUGGCGGGUUGGCCAAUCGUGAUGGGCAGAAUUGCACCUCGCUACAUCUUGCUUCACGUGCAUGUCGAACCCAGUGAACCGAGGUGGAACUGGCUCCCCCAAUCAACGGCAGCCGAGGAGUUCGUACAGGACGAGCAUAUCUUCAGGAUGGGUGAAACGAUAGGAGCCUCUGCACGCACUACGGAGGCGAUAUACAUUAGGACGUCCUGGAACGGAGGGAAAAAGACAACGUGGUGGGAGAACGUAUCGGGACCUCGGCUUGAAGUCAGAUUCAUCCAACUCACGGAAGCCGCGUUUGGAGAUGAGGCGGAGCAGACUGUCGAUGGGAUAUUGUCUAGUCUGCUUCAAUAG